UAAAUUUAUAGCUCUCCUGAUUGUCUGCUGCACUCUUGAUAUUCAAAAGAUCCGCCAUUAGAGAGGCUCGGCUAUUCACUCUAUUCUAGUUAUCUCGCUACGAUAUGGGUUCUCUGUCUCCAUUUUCAGACGCUGUUUCUCCCUCACCAUCCAAACAAUCCCUUCCUCUGAUCGACGAAGCCGCCCUGCUCAGCCUCUUCAAAUCUCAGCAGAACCACAUCAACUUCUUCUUCAACAACAUCGACCAUUCCCAAACCCUGGCAUUCACUCGUACCCUUCUCAAUUCCUCCGGUACUAUCUUCUUCACCGGUGUCGGCAAAUCUGGAUUCGUCGCUCACAAGAUCUCGCAGACUCUAGUCUCCCUCGGCAUCACCUCUGCAUUCCUGUCCCCCGUCGACGCUCUCCACGGCGAUAUCGGAAUUCUCUGCGAUCGUGACGUUCUCGUCCUCCUCAGCAAAUCUGGUAACACCGAGGAACUUGUUAGGCUUGUUCCCUGUGCCAGGGCCAAGGGGGCCUAUCUGAUCUCGGUUUCCUCCGUCGAAGGGAAUGUGUUGGCUGGCAUGUGCGACAUGAACGUGCAUUUGCCUUUGGAGAGGGAAUUGUGUCCCUUUAAUCUGGCGCCGGUGACUUCCACAGCCAUCCAGAUGGUUUUCGGUGACACGGUGGCGAUUGCUCUUAUGCAAGCCAGAAAUUUGAGCAAGGAAGACUACGCCAGCAAUCACCCCGCUGGGAGGAUCGGCAAACACCUUAUCUUCAAGGUAAAGGAUGUCAUGAAGAAGCAGGACGAGCUUCCUGUUUGCCGGGAAGCAGAUCUAAUUAUGGAUCAGCUGGUGGAAUUGACGAGUAAAGGAUGUGGAUGUCUGCUUGUUAUAGACGAGCAACGCCAUCUGAUUGGAACAUUUACAGAUGGUGAUCUACGACGCACUCUCAGAGCUAGUGGGGAGGGCAUUUUCAAGCUCACUGUGGGCGAAAUGUGCAACAGGAAACCAAAAAUCAUUGGCCCGGAUGCCAUGGCAGUGGAGGCCAUGAAGAAGAUGGAAGCACCUCCAUCGCCAGUACAAUUUUUGCCUGUUAUCAGUGAUGAAAAUGUCUUGAUUGGCAUUGUUACUUUGCACGGUUUGGUUUCGGCAGGGCUGUAAUAACAUCUGUGCCUGCAACAGCGUAGAAUGAUUUUUUCCCCCCCAGAAAAAUGAUUCUAUACCAUUCUUUGUAGUAUAAUUGCAAUGUUUGAAUCCAACCCCUAUAAAGUUGGGGUUCAGCUGUUGUACCAUGUAUCAACGUUUUAUUUUAAAACAUGCGUUGUCAAAUCCUAGGAAAUGAAUCACGUUAUUCGUAGUUUAUGAACAAUAGAGUUAAUAAUUGUGUAGGUGGGUGUUUUGAUAUGUUUUUUCAUUGUCUUGAGAAGAA